UGACUCUCGAGUUGCUUUGCCCGCAGUCACGAUCGAUUUCCAAGGCUGGAUCGCAGAAUGCGCCACCAAACCUCCAAGCGAGCUGUUGGAUCACCUGCCGCAUUGUUGAGAUGCGGCUGCGCAGCCUCGUGCUCACGACAUCCAUGCAAUGCCUCAAGGCAGUGCCGUAGCUGCAUGCCUGGCUUGGUCCGACAUAUUCCUUCCAGCCAGCCCCUGCGCCAUGCCACGUUACAUCCUCGACUUCUAUUUCCACAGAGAACUCUUAUCCUUCCAAACCACCACGACCGAGAGAAUCAGAUCUGCUCUUCUCCAACAUGGAAGCAGGCGGCCUCGGAAUCGGAGCCGUUGCUCUUGCAGGACUUUUCAACAAUGUCGUCGACACUUACGGCUAUGUCCGUCUAGGCAAACAAUACGCAAGAGAUUUUGAGACUAGUCAAGCGAAGCUCGAUCUUUCCAGACUACAACUGAGCCGUUGGGGAGAGGCACUUGAACUGGGUUCGAUCACGAAAACAACGCAGCUGCCAACUGCACUUGGCUCAUCAGACAAUAUUGCGAAAGCCGAGAAUGCCCUCGGAAAUAUCCUCCAUCUACUCGAUGAUGCACAGCAUCUGUCAAAACGCUACGAGCAGCGCACGAGUGGGGAUGCCGUUGCAACAUUGGAUCCAGACGAUCUGGAGCUGCACCGAAGAGUUCAGCGUAUAGUCACUCAGCGCCAACGGAACACAGGUUUCUUGAAAAAGGCGGCUUGGGCACUGUAUAGGAAGAACGACCUUGAGAACCUGGUCGAAGAUAUUACCGACCUGACGGCCCAGCUGGUCAAUCUGUUUCCGGCAACCAAGCAGCGACAACAAGAGCUCUCCACUGCUGAGUUGAGUGUCCUUGGCGAUGAAAGUCUUCCAUUCGUCAAGAGUAUCGCAGAUGAUCAGGAUCCGCUGUUGGCGACUGCGGCUCAGGAAGCGAUGCAAGCUCAUGGAUCGACCUUUUUUGAACCCAUUACGCGCGAUGGGGCUGCCGCUCAUCAUGGCGACCACAUUCAUCAAGACUACCGGGGUCCCACUGGGGGCUUAUCUCAUACCUACCAUAAGGCUCUCGCUGAAGGCAAAGGUACCAAACAACAUUGUGGCAACGUGUAUGGGGGACCGGAUCGAUAUUAAAGACAUAGACCUGGUCAUGAAGGGGUUUCGCACCAUCAUGUCGUCUGCGCGUCGGCUUUUUGUGUUUUUCCUAUGACCGAUGAAGCUAUGAUUACUUCAUGCCAACCAUCGUUCUAGAAGCUGCGUAAAUAGAGCGAAGCUUCGUAACUUCAGAGCUUCGUCCGAACAGAG